AUGGAGCCCCUUUAUCACAGCCGCUGCUUCAGCUUAGAGAGUAGAGUUACUCCAGUAGGGACAGGCCAAACCAGCACAGAAGAGGCCGCUCGCGUUUCGAAUUACAACUCCCAGACCAGAGGGGGAGGCCUGGGAUGGUUGGAUUGUGGGAGGGGGAGCAUUAGCUUCCCGAGGAAUUCUUUGGCUGCCCGAUCACCUGCCGUCGCCGCCUGCCUUACUUCUAUCACCAUCGCCUACCUUGCUAUUGCCGCCAUCCCGCCGUCUAUCACUAUGCCGAGUGUUGAUGCCUUUAUUUCUUCAUGUGCUUCUGGUUCUACUUCACUUACUGCUUCUCCAACCCUUAUUGUGAUAUUUCAUACUCAAUCGUCCACCAACCUACUCUUGGGAUUCAAAUUGAAUGGAUCAAACAAUGCGAGUUGGGCUUCGAUGAUCGAACUCUAUGCAACUUCACAAGGAAAAUUGGGUUACCUAAUGCGUGACUACGAUUCCCCAGAUUCCAAAGAUCCACAAUUUGGAAAGGUUUCUGUGUUCUGUCUUACCUACUACCGCGCUCACAUGGUUUCUGUGUCCUGCAUUACCUACUGCCGUGCUCAUAAGUGGUUUCACUUGUGGUUUAUGACAAAGCCUUCUCUACAGUUGUUCGAUUGGUUAAUGUCGAGUAUGGUGUUCUAUGACUUGUUUGUCAAGUUAGGCAUGCGAAAUAUCUUUGCCCCAACUUUAGAGGGAGUGUUGGCGAGUCCUUAG